AUGACAACAGGGACUUUAGCUGGAUUAUGGGAUGUGCUGAGCUGCACCAAUCAGGAGAAGUAUAUCUGUAAACACCUCGCAGAAGGAGCGGGGCCAACACCAGAACCAAUCACAACUAUCCCUCCCAGGUGCCAUGAGGGCUGGUAUCCUGUGGGGUCUCGGAACUUCUGCUUCAAGUUCUUUACAUGGCCUCACGCAGAUAAGAAGACCUGGAUUGAGGCUCGGGACUUCUGCAGGGUGAUUGGAGGAGACCUACUCAGCAUACACAGCUCUACGGACCUCCAGUCUAUUCAUCAUGUAUACCGUAGCCAUGGUGGGACUUCCUGGAUCGGCCUGAGUGCUCAGGAUCCAAACGCUGGCUACGCCUGGACUGAUGGGUCACCACUGUCCUUCCAACACUGGAUGAAGGGGCAACCAGACAACUACAACAGCGUGGAGUCCUGUGCUGAGAUUUACUCUACCUGGGAUGAAAAGGGAUCCUGGAACGAUGUAGACUGUGAGGGCUACAACGACUGGCUGUGUGAGAUCCCUAAAGGUACAGUGAGGGCUACAACGACUGGCUGUGUGAGAUCUCUAAAGGUACAGUGAGGGCUACAACGACUGGCUGUGUGAGAUCUCUAAAGGUACUGUGAGGGCUCAAUGACUGGCUGUGUGAGAUCCCUGAAGGGAAAUGCUUACUUGCAAGCCCUUAAUUAACCAACAAUGCAGUUUAAAGUAAGUGUUUAAAAUAAGUGUUUUAAGAAAGU